AUGUGCAUUACAAACUCACAGAAGGGGAGAAAGAGAGAAAGAGAGAGAGAUUCACUUGCGACACCACGUUCUUUUGCCUACAUCUGUCUUUAUUUGUUUCUUUAUUUUUCUCUUUUGGUGCUUUGUCCAAAGGAAAAGGUUAGGGAGCAGCAGGCAGGCGUACUGCAACCCAUACUGAUGCCCUUAUUAACGCGUGGGCAGCGGCGGUUGCUGGAGUACGUAGGGCAUGACGGUGGAACGAAAGGCCUGAAGCGAAGACGCAUGGAGGACGUGGCGCCCGUCUUGCAUAAAAGGAAGCAAAAAUGGACUCGUAAAUUUACCACCGAGACGGCGUCAACCGAUGUUUCAUUGGCGGAGGUGCCGCUGAGCAGCGAGGUGCUGGAGUUUCUGCGGGAAUACUGCCCGAAGGCCCCCCGCAAGCUCCGUCAGAGCCAACUUCGUGUCAUCUCGGACCUCAGCGGCGCAUUUGGUGAGAACAGUGAAAAGGAGGAGGGAGAGACCUUCACCGUGAAGCGGGUGGAAUUGAAGGAAAAUGCCGAAGUGUUUGCCGUGGUGGCACUUGCGGCGCUGCAGAGGCGGGCUCUGUGGAGUGGUUCAACGCCACAGGGCGCGUCUCUUUUUGUUCUCGUAGAAACGGACGCGGAUGCAGCGGCAUUGGCUGCGCAUAUGGGAAAGACAUACAAAAUGACCCAGACGCUGGUGUUGGACGGCUCCCGUUUUCCGACGUUUCCGGCCGUUGAGAAGGAUGACGCGGCAACCGCCACAACGCUGGCGGAGCGCACGGCGUUGGUGAUUGCAUCUUUGCAGGCGUUUGUCACGGUGGAUGCGCGGAGUGCGAUUUGGAAAUUUAUUGGAGCUUACGCCAUUUGGUUGAAGUCGUCCAAACCCCCCGCCUUGCUGCAGGAAAUGGCAGACGGAACAAGAAGUGAGCUCGAGGAAAAAUUGUGCCGGCAGCGGUGGCGUUGUUUGGGACAUGCCUCGCUGGCUGUCGUCAUUGCUCCAUCGCGAGUCUCCCUCUUUGCACCCGUGACGGACACCUUAACGACAUCUGUGCCCAUUGACGACGGGGAGAAGAAGAAGAAUGCCGGCCGUGACAGCGCGGUGGACACCGGCAACAGUAAUAAAAAUACACAGACCGAAGAGAGGUGUACUCACACCGCUGCCACCAGGCGACGUCCUGUCACGGCACACUACGCAGUUGUGGAGGGCGCACACCGUUUUCAGACCCUCUACACUCUCAUUAUGAGCCUUCGUGAGGGACAGGGUCUCGUUGUGCAUUUUGCCACCAAGGAGGCCUGCCAAUUUAUGUAUAACGUUCUUUAUGCAUUAGGGGAACUGUCGAAAUCGCUGCUGUUGUUGACGGACUAUGAAGGACCCAGCACGUAUGCCUCUGUGCAGGACAAGGAUGAGGACCGAGAGCGUCUGUGUGCUCAAUUUGACAAGAUUAUGUUGGAUGCCGCGCGAAAAGAUUUUCCCACCAAACGCGAGAAGAACCGUGUGGUGGUUCUUUCUGCUUUCGGCCUUGUACCGCAGACGGGCACCAUUUUUGUUCAAUACGACAUCAUGGUUGACGUUGUGAACUUUGCCCAGUUUGUCAGCGACGUUCUGACGCCCGCCGCUUACAAUAUUGCGGCUACGGAACCAACGAAGCGGCGUCGCUCACGCACGCCGCCGCCACGCGGAGAUCGAAAAGAGUCUCAAGAAGGGGAUGUUGCGGCCGCUUCAAAGGCGACUCCCCCCAGUAAAGCGAUGUACCAAACGGUUUUGUUAUUUUUACGCCGAAAUGAACUGCAGCCCGCCUUGAGUUACCUUCAGCGCCCCGCAAAGCGACUAAAUAUAACCUUUGAGCAGCUACCGCAGCUUCCAUCCGCCACACGUUUUCUGUUGUCACUGCAGAAGAUGCGCUCACUGAACAAGAAGCAAUUUGCCGUACAAAACGCCGCAUACGCUGCGUACCGUGCGACCAUGUUGCUUUAUUCCCUCAUAGGCCCCUCGGAUGUCUACAAUGAGCGGUGUGUUGACCUUGCGAAGGUCGCCGAGGAGUUUGGCUACACGGAGGUUCCCAUUCUUGACCUCCGCACCCGCGACACGCCAUUCCGGCCGAAGGAAGACAUUUUCCGUGCGGCCGCAGAGCGUGCGGUGGUGGAGCGUCGCAAAAUGCGGGCGUACGUGAAUGAACACAUCGUGGGCGAGGCCCCAGAGGAGCACGUCGCCGACAGCAUGGCAGAGGCAGAGGAGUAA